AUUCAGUUAAAACGUGAGCAGCACUCCUUCCCACAGAAAAAACCAAUGCCGCCACUGGCUCACUAAAAUGGCGGCUCCCUCCGGGGCGCUGGCUCUCUUACGUCAUCACCCUGCGCGACAGCUUCUCGCGCCCCGAGUGCGAGCGGAAGCAGGCGGGCCGAGGGAGGGACCCAGGUCGGGAGUUGUACCUUGUUCUUCCGGGGCGCAAGAUGGCGCUGCCCUUUGCACGUUCGCCUUGCCUCUGCCGCUGGGGAGCCAAACGAUUGGGGGCUGCUGCCGCAGAAGCCCGCAGAGGCGUCAGUUUCAAACUGGAAGAGAAAACCGCUCACAGCAGCCUGGCGCUCUUCAAAGGUGACACAGGUGUCAAAUACGGCAUGGUGGGGUUGGAGCCCACCCAGUUGGCCCUGAACGUGGAGCGCUUCCGGGAGUGGGCGGUGGUGCUGGCUGACACCGCGGUCACCAGUGGCAGGCACUACUGGGAGGUGACGGUGAAGCGCUCCCAGCAGUUCCGGGUCGGGGUGGCCGAUGUGGACAUUUCUCGGGACAGCUGCAUCGGAGUGGAUGUCCGUUCCUGGGUGUUCACCUAUGCCCAGCGCAAGUGGCACACCAUGUUGGCCAACGAAAAGGCCCCUAUUGAGGGCAUCGGGCAUCCAGAGAAGGUGGGGCUGCUGCUGGAGUAUGAGGCCCAGAAGCUGAGCUUGGUGGAUGUGAGCCGGGUGGCUGUGGUCCACACGCUGCGGACAGAUUUCCAGGGCCCAGUGGUACCUGCCUUUGCCCUUUGGGAUGGAGAAUUGCUGACCCAUUCAGGGCUUGAGGUGCCCAAGGGCCUCUAGUACAUCCAUCACUGGAGUUCCUGAUCACAGGCUUGGCCAGCGUCCUCCUGUGUCUGAAGCCUUUUAACGUUGCCUCAAGCAACCUCUGGCUCCCACAGUUCAGGUCCUCUGUGCAGCGUCUCAGCCAUUUCCCUCUCCCCUGUGGAAGCCAGGCUACUGCCAGUUUUCCUAGGCUACCUACCAUGAGCGUCUUUUCCUUGACUCGCUUCCUUGGGUCCCUCCUUCUUCCUGUGCCCAGGCCCUGCUCAGACUGUAUUCAGUCCUGGGGUCUUACCUCUCAGCUUUGUUUGGAUGUAUUCACCACUAUGAUACCUUUCUCUCCCUUUACCCAUGUGUCACUUCUGUUCGUUCUUGGUGUUCUACUGAGUCUCUCCACAGGAAAUCCUUCCUACCUC